GCGUCCCGCCCCUCAGGCCCGGGGCGCGCCGGCCACCACGCUGCGCCAGCUCCCGGUGGUUUCCUAGAAACAUGAUUGUUUGUUGGAUUUGAUCUCACAGCCUGGUGAGGACUUCUUUACUGAUAAUGUCAAGUUCAGGUUAUCCUCCCAACCAAGGAGCAUUCAGCACAGAACAAAGCCGUUAUCCUUCCCAUUCUGUUCAGUAUACCUUUCCCAGCACCCGGCACCAGCAGGAAUUUGCAGUCCCGGAUUAUCGUUCUUCUCAUCUUGAAGUCAGUCAAGCGUCACAGCUUUUGCAACAGCAGCAGCAGCAACAGCUUCGCAGACGCCCUUCCUUGCUUUCAGAAUUUCACCCAGGCUCUGACAGGCCUCAAGAAAGGAGACCUGGAUAUGAACAGUUUCACCCAGGCCCGUCCCCAGUGGAUCAUGAUUCACUGGAAUCCAAGAGACCACGUUUGGAGCAGGUUUCUGAUUCCCAUUUCCAGCGUGUCAGUGCCACGGUCUUACCUUUAGUGCACAUGCUGCCGGAAGGGUUGAGGUCUUCUGCAGAUGCGAAGAAGGAUCCAGCAUUUGGAGGCAAACAUGAAGCUCCAUCCUCUCCAAUCUCUGGGCAACCAUGUGGAGAUGAUCAAAAUGCUUCACCUUCGAAACUUUCAAAGGAAGAGUUAAUACAGAGUAUGGAUCGUGUAGAUCGAGAAAUUGCUAAAGUGGAGCAGCAGAUCCUUAAACUAAAAAAGAAGCAACAACAACUAGAAGAAGAAGCAGCUAAACCUCCUGAGCCUGAGAAGCCUGUGUCCCCUCCUCCUGUGGAACAGAAACACCGCAGUAUUGUCCAAAUUAUUUAUGAUGAGAAUCGGAAAAAAGCAGAAGAAGCUCAUAAAAUAUUUGAAGGUCUUGGCCCAAAGGUUGAACUGCCACUCUAUAACCAGCCAUCAGAUACCAAGGUGUACCAUGAGAACAUCAAAACUGGAGUACCUGCAAGGCGCAUGAUGAAAAACCAGGUGAUGAGGAAAAAACUCAUUUUAUUUUUUAAAAGAAGAAAUCAUGCAAGAAAACAAAGGGAACAAAAAAUCUGCCAACGUUACGAUCAACUCAUGGAAGCAUGGGAGAAAAAAGUGGACAGAAUAGAAAAUAACCCUCGGAGGAAAGCUAAAGAAAGCAAAACAAGGGAGUACUAUGAAAAGCAGUUUCCAGAAAUUCGAAAACAAAGAGAACAGCAAGAAAGAUUUCAACGAGUUGGGCAGAGGGGAGCUGGUCUUUCAGCCACUAUUGCUAGAAGUGAGCAUGAGAUUUCUGAGAUUAUUGAUGGGCUCUCUGAGCAGGAGAAUAAUGAGAAACAAAUGCGGCAGCUCUCUGUGAUUCCACCUAUGAUGUUUGAUGCAGAACAAAGACGGGUCAAGUUCAUUAACAUGAAUGGGCUUAUGGAGGACCCCAUGAAGGUUUAUAAAGAUAGGCAGUUUAUGAAUGUUUGGACUGACCAUGAGAAGGAGAUCUUUAAGGACAAGUUUAUCCAGCAUCCAAAAAACUUUGGACUAAUUGCAUCCUACUUGGAAAGAAAGAGUGUUCCUGAUUGUGUUUUAUAUUACUACUUAACCAAGAAAAAUGAGAAUUAUAAAGCCCUAGUUAGAAGGAAUUAUGGAAAACGCAGAGGAAGAAACCAGCAGCAAAUUGCCCGACCAUCACAAGAAGAAAAAGCAGAAGAAAAAGAGGAAGAUAAAGCAGAAAAAACAGAAAAAAAAGAAGAGGAAAAAAAAGAUGAAGAAGAAAAAGAUGAAAAGGAGGACUCUAAAGAAAAUACUAAGGAAAAGGACAAAACAGAAGGUAUAGCAGAAGAAACUGAGGAGAGAGAGCAGGCCAUACCCCGGGGGCGAAAGACUGCCAAUAGUCAGGGCCGCCGAAAGGGCCGGAUCACCAGGUCCAUGACAAAUGAAGCCGCUGCUGCCAGUGCUGCAGCUGCAGCCGCCACCGAGGAGCCCCCUCCACCUCUGCCACCGCCACCGGAACCCAUUUCUACAGAGCCUGUAGAAACCUCUCGGUGGACAGAAGAAGAAAUGGAAGUUGCUAAAAAAGGUCUAGUAGAACAUGGUCGUAACUGGGCAGCAAUUGCCAAAAUGGUGGGAACUAAAAGUGAAGCUCAAUGUAAAAACUUCUAUUUUAACUAUAAAAGGCGACACAAUCUUGACAACCUUUUGCAACAGCAUAAGCAGAAAACUUCACGAAAACCUCGUGAAGAACGAGAUGUGUCUCAAUGUGAAAGUGUAGCUUCCACCGUUUCUGCUCAGGAAGAUGAAGAUAUUGAAGCCUCUAAUGAAGAAGAAAAUCCAGAAGACAGUGAAGGUGCUGAAAAUAGUUCUGAUACAGAAAGUGCUCCUUCUCCUUCACCAGUUGAAGCUGUGAAGCCCAGCGAAGAUAGCACUGAAAAUUUGACUUCUCGAGGAAACACUGAACCUGCAGCUGAGCAUGAGUGUACCACUGAAACUGCUCCCAGUGCAUCUCCCUCAUCAGCUCCAAGUACAAAACCAGCUGAAAAUGAAAGUGUGGUGACCCAGGCGAAUAAUGGUGUCACUGUUGAGAUAGCAGAGCCAAUGGAUAUUGAACAUCAGGAGCACAGUGCUGACGUGACUUCCGUUCUUGAUCUUCCCACGACUACCAAAGCAGACUCUGUAGAUGUUGAAAUGGGGGUACCUGAAAACAACCCGUCUCAAGUUGAAGGUGAUACCAAAGAAAGGGACCCGGAGAAAGCCAGUGAGAAGACAGAGCCUGGAGAUGACAAUUUGGUGGUGGCUCAGCAGGUAAAUGUCCAAAGGCCUGAACCCCCGUCAGACAAUGAUUCCAGUGCCACCUGCAGUGCUGAUGAAGACGUGGAUGGAGAGCCAGAGAGACAGAGAAUGUUUCCUAUGGACUCAAAGCCUUCAAUGUUAAAUCCCACUGGAUCUAUACUGGUCUCAUCCCCAAUGAAACCAAAUCCACUGGACCUGCCACAGCUGCAGCAUCGAGCUGCUGUUAUUCCACCAAUGGUGUCCUGCGCCCCAUGUAACAUGCCAAUUGGAACCCAAGUGAGUGGCUAUGCCCUCUACCAGCGACACAUUAAAGCGAUGCAUGAGUCAGCACUCCUGGAAGAGCAGCGGCAGAGGCAGGAACAGAUGGAUUUGGAAUGUAGAAGUUCCACAAGUCCCUGUGGCACCUCCAAGAGUCCAAAGAGAGAGUGGGAAGUCCUCCAGCCUGCUCCACAUCACGUGAUAACUAAUCUCCCUGAAGGGGUUCGGCUUCCAACAACUCGACCCACUAGGCCACCUCCUCCUCUCAUCCCGUCAUCCAAAAGCACAGUGGCUUCAGAAAAACCAUCUUUUAUAAUGGGAGGCUCCAUCUCACAGGGAACACCUGGCACUUAUUUGACUUCUCAUAAUCAGGCUUCCUACCCUCAAGAGACCACGAAGCCCUCAGUGGGCUCUAUCUCUCUUGGACUACCACGGCAACAGGAAUCUGCCAAAGCAGCUACUGUGCCCUAUAUCAAGCAGGAAGAAUUUUCUCCCCGAAGCCAAAACUCACAACCUGAGGGUUUAUUGGUCAGGGCACAACAUGAAGGAGUGGUCAGAGGUACCACAGGAGCCACUCAAGAAGGAAGUAUAACCCGGGGUACUCCAACAAGCAAAAUUUCCGUGGAAAGCAUCCCAUCACUACGGGGCUCUAUCACUCAGGGUACCCCGGCUCUGUCCCAGGCUGGCAUACCAACUGAGGCUUUGGUGAAGGGGCCAAUUUCUAGAAUUACUGAAGAGAGCAGUCCUGAAAAAGGCAGAGAGGAAGCUGCAUCCAAAGGCCAUGUUAUUUAUGAAGGCAAAAGUGGACACAUCUUAUCUUAUGAUAAUAUUAAGAAUGCCCGAGAAGGGACAAGGAGUCCAAGAACAGCUCAUGAAAUCAGUUUAAAAAGAAGCUAUGAAUCAGUGGAAGGAAACAUAAAGCAGGGGUUGUCAAUGAGGGAGUCUCCCGUGUCGGCACCAUUAGAGGGACUGAUAUGCCGAGCGUUGCCCAGGGGGAGUCCUCAUUCUGACCUCAAAGAAAGGACUGUGCUCUCUGGUUCCAUAAUGCAGGGCACACCAAGAACAACAACUGAAAGCUUUGAAGAUGGCCUUAAGUAUCCCAAACAGAUUAAAAGGGAGAGUCCUCCCAUACGAGCAUUUGAAGGUGCCAUUACCAAAGGAAAACCAUAUGAUGGCAUUACCACCAUCAAAGAAAUGGGGCGUUCCAUUCACGAGAUUCCGCGACAAGAUAUUUUAACUCAGGAAAGCCGAAAAACUCCAGACGUGGUCCAAAGCACAAGGCCAAUAAUUGAGGGUUCCAUCUCCCAGGGCACACCAAUAAAGUUUGACAACAACUCAGGUCAAUCUGCCAUCAAACACAAUGUCAAAUCCUUAAUCACAGUACCUAGCAAACUAGCUCGUGGAAUGCCUCCACUGGAAAUUGUGCCAGAGAACAUAAAAGUGAUAGAACGGGGAAAAUACGAGGAUGUGAAAGCGGGCGAGCAAUUGCGUUCCCGGCAUACAUCUGUGGUAAGCUCUGGCACCUCAGUUCUUAGGUCAACACUUCAUGAAGCUCCCAAAGCACAGAUGAGUCCAGGGAUUUACGACGACUCCAGUGCACGGCGGACACCUGUGAGCUAUCAAAGCACCAUGUCCAGAGGCUCACCCAUGAUGAAUAGGACUUCUGAUGUUACGCUUCCUUCUAGCAAAUCUGUCAAUCAUGAAAGAAAAUCGACACUGACCCCUACCCAGAGGGAAAGCAUGCCAGCGAAGUCUCCAGUACCCGGGGUGGACCCUGUAGUGAGCCACAGUCCUUUUGAUCCCCAUCAUCGAGGCAGCACCACAGGAGAGGUGUACAGGAGCCAUCUUCCCACACACCUGGAUCCAGCCAUGCCGUUUCACAGGGCUCUGGAUCCUGCUGCUGCUGCUUACCUGUUUCAGAGACAGCUUUCACCAACUCCAGGUUACCCAAGUCAAUAUCAGCUUUAUGCAAUGGAGAACACGAGACAGACCAUCCUCAAUGAUUACAUUACCUCACAGCAGAUGCAAGUGAACUUGCGCCCAGAUGUGGCCAGAGGACUCUCCCCACGAGAGCAGCAGCUGGGUCUCCCGUACCCAGCAACAAGGGGAAUCAUUGAUCUGACCAAUAUGCCUCCAGCAAUUUUAGUGCCUCACCCAGGGGGAACAGGUACUCCUCCCAUGGACAGAAUCACUUACAUUCCUGGGACGCAGAUUACGUUCCCUCCCCGGCCAUACAACUCUGCUUCUCUGUCUCCAGGACACUCAACACACCUUGCAGCCGCUGCAAGUGCUGAAAGAGAACGUGAAAGGGAGCGGGAGAAGGAGCGGGAACGGAUCGCUGCAGCUUCCUCAGACCUCUACCUUCGGCCCGGCUCAGAGCAGCCUGGCCGACCCGGCAGUCACGGAUAUGUUCGCUCCCCGUCCCCUUCGGUAAGAGCUCAGGAGACCAUAUUGCAGCAAAGACCCAGUGUUUUCCAGGGAACCAAUGGAACCAGUGUAAUUACAACUUUGGAUCCAAGUGCUCAGCUACGAAUCAUGCCACUGCCUGCGGGGGGCCCUUCGCUAAGCCAAGGCCUGCCCGCCUCCCGCUACAACACUGCUGCAGAUGCCCUGGCUGCUCUUGUGGAUGCUGCAGCUUCUGCCCCCCAGAUGGAUGUUUCCAAAACAAAAGAGAGUAAGCAUGAAGCUGCCAGGUUAGAAGAAAAUUUGAGAAGCAGGUCAGCAGCAGUUAGUGAGCAGCAGCAGCUAGAGCAGAAAACCCUGGAGGUGGAGAAGAGACCUGUUCAGUGUCUGUACACUUCUUCAGCCUUUCCAAGUGGCAAGCCCCAGCCUCAUUCUUCAGUAGUUUAUUCUGAGGCUGGGAAAGAUAAAGGGCCUCCUCCAAAAUCCAGAUAUGAGGAAGAGCUAAGGACCCGAGGGAAGACUACCAUUACUGCAGCUAACUUCAUAGACGUGAUCAUCACCCGGCAAAUUGCCUCGGACAAGGAUGCGAGGGAACGUGGCUCUCAAAGCUCAGACUCUUCUAGUAGCUUAUCUUCUCACCGUUAUGAAACACCUGGCGAUGCUAUUGAGGUGAUAAGCCCUGCCAGCUCCCCCGCACCACCUCCGGAGAAACCACAGGCCUAUCCGCCAGAGGUUGUGAAGGCAAAUCAAGCAGAAACUGAAGCCAGACAGUACGAAGGACCAUUACAUCACUAUCGACCCCAGCAGGAGUCACCGUCUCCGCAGCAGCAGCUGCCCCCCACUUCACAGGCUGAGGGGCAAGUGCCCAGGACCCACAGACUCAUCACACUUGCUGAUCACAUCUGUCAAAUUAUCACACAAGAUUUUGCUAGGAAUCAAGUUUCCUCACAGCCUCCCCAGCAGCCUUCCACUUCAACAUUCCAAAAUUCACCAUCUGCUUUGGUGUCUACACCUGUGAGGACUAAAACAUCAAAUCAUUACAGCCCAGAAUCCCAGUCUCAGUCUGUCCAUCACCAAAGACCAGGUUCAAGGGUCUCUCCAGAAAAUCUUGUGGACAAAUCCAGGGGAAGGCCUGGAAAAUCCCCAGAGAGGAGUCAUGUCUCUUCAGAGCCCUACGAACCCAUCUCCCCGCCCCAGGUUCCAGUUGUGCAUGAGAAGCAGGACAGCAUGCUGCUACUGGCUCAGCGUGGAGCGGAGCCCGCAGAGCAGAGGAAUGAUUCCCGCUCACCCGGGAGUAUAAACUACUUGCCUUCAUUCUUCACCAAGCUUGAAAACACGUCACCCAUGGUUAAAUCAAAGAAGCAGGAGAUUUUUCGUAAGUUGAACUCCUCUGGUGGAGGUGACUCUGAUAUGGCAGCUGCUCAGCCAGGAACUGAGAUCUUUAACCUGCCAGCAGUCACUACCUCAGGCUCAAUUAGCUCUAGGGGUCAUUCUUUCGCUGAUCCUGCCAGUAAUCUUGGUCUAGAAGAUAUUAUCAGGAAGGCUCUCAUGGGAAGCUUUGAUGACAAGGUUGAGGACCAUGGUGUUGUCAUGACCCAGCCUGUGGGAGUGGUGCCUGGUGGUGCCAGCACCUCAGUUGUGACCAGUGGGGAGAUGCGGAGAGAAGAAGGGGACCCAUCACCUCAUUCAGGAGGAGUUUGCAAACCAAAGCUACUCAGCAAGUCAAACAGCAGGAAGUCCAAAUCUCCUGUCCCUGGGCAAGGCUACUUAGGAGCUGAGCGGCCCUCUUCCGUCUCCUCGGUGCAUUCAGAGGGGGAGUACCACCGGCAGACGCCAGGCUGGGCCUGGGAGGACAGGCCCUCUUCCACAGGCUCAACUCAGUUUCCUUACAACCCUCUGACCAUGCGGAUGCUCAGCAGCACACCACCAACGCCGAUCGCAUGUGCCGCUGCCUCUGUGAACCAAGCGGCUCCUCACCAGCAGAACAGGAUCUGGGAGCGGGAGCCAGCCCCGCUGCUCUCAGCGCAGUAUGAGACACUGUCGGACAGUGAUGACUGAGCUGCACAGAAGGAGGGUCUGGGUGGGACAGUGCGUGGAGGAGGGAUCUCUAGUUUUUGGUGGUUUUAUUUUUAACUGCAGGUAAAAACCUGCCUUCCCAUGACUUAUGCCCAGAGACUUUUCAGGAGAGCCUGGACCAUGGAUGAGGAAGAAAUGAUGGAACUGCAGAGUCAAAUGGGGGAGAAUUGCCUUUGAUACAGGCAGUUCAGUGGAUUAUAUAGUGGAAGGUUGGAAUGUAGAAUUUUUUUAAAGUGGACAAUUCUUAUUCUUACAUCUGUAAAGAAAACCAUGAUGUCUUUAAAUCACUCUUCUGUAAAUAGAUAAUCUUUUUGCAGUGUUUCCCUUUAUUGUAGUAUCUGGUGUACUUAUGUUGAAAUCAGAGCAUCAACUUCGGGGGUGAUUUUUUAAAAUCUUCUCGUCUUUUUAACCCUUGCCUUCUAAACAACCUCAUACAGCCUAGUGUGUAACGUUGGCUGUCACGGGCAUUGUACUUUUAUCCGAUUGUUUCCUCUAAAUUCAGGUUCCUAGGUGAUAUUUAAAAUCUUGUGGAAAUGUUUAGAUUUUUAACACAGACCCUGUCGUGUAAUCUGUAUAUUAACGUGUUAAGGUCAAGACAGAAGAAACUAAAUUCUGCCAUACUGUAAAUUUCCAGGGCAGGCUUAGAAAUUUUUUUAAUUAGCAGCACUUAAGCACUAUUACUGCAUGGGUAUGUCCUAGUUGUUUUUAACGCUUCCAAGGCUUAUUUGCGGCACGCCUCGCUGUUGUGCGCACCGGGGAUCUAACUGCCCUGAGUGUUCUUUUCUUCUGCAUCGGAUGCAGACCGGAGCUUUCCUUUUGAAAUAAAUUUGACUGCCCUGUC